AUGUGCGGACGAUACGCCCUUGCUCUACGGCCGCAGCAGGUCCGCGCGUAUCUUGAAGAAGGGGGCGGCGGAUAUAUGCCUGUUGAUGAGGCGCCUGGAGAUGAAGGGGACGGAGACGGGGAUGGGGAUGGUGCGUCGCGACAAAGCUAUAACUUCGCGCCGGGCUAUUACGGGCUGGUGUACCGCGCUGACGUGCCUGAUUGCGGUGCUGGGGGACGAGAGGGGGGAGAAGAAGACGCGGAUGCUGCACCGGCACCGGCACCGGCACCGGCACCGGCCGCCGGGCAACAGGGGGAGAAGAAGAGAGGAGUGGACGUGGACGUGGACGAGCGAACGGGUGGCGAGGUGAGGUAUCGACUGCAGUCGAUGAGGUGGGGGCUUGUGCCUUUCUGGACGAAGCGAGAUCCUGGGUAUGGGGGCACGAUGAAGACGAUCAAUUGUCGGGAUGACUCGUUGGUGGAGAAUAGGGGCAUGUGGACUACUAUGAAGCAGAAGAAGAGGUGCGUGGUUGUAUUUCAGGGGUUCUAUGAGUGGUUGAAGAAGGGGAAGGAGAAGGUGCCGCAUUAUGUCAAGCGCAAGGAUGGGCAGCUGACGUGUGUCGCGGGCUUGUGGGAUUGUGUUCAGUAUGAAGGCUCGGCGCGUAAACAUUACACUUACACGAUCAUCACCACUGAUUCCAACCCGCAGCUCAAAUUCCUGCACGAUCGCAUGCCUGUCAUCCUGGAUAACGGAUCAGAGGAUCUCCGCACCUGGCUGGAUCCGAAGCGCCAUACUUGGUCCAAGGAGCUGCAGGGCUUGCUGAAGCCGUACGAGGGGGAGCUGGAGGUGUAUCCUGUAAGCAAGGAGGUGGGCAAGGUGGGGAACAACUCUCCGAAUUUCAUCGUCCCAGUGGCGAGCAGUGAGAACAAGUCGAACAUUGCGAAUUUCUUUGCCAAGGGGGCUGCGAAGAAGAAGGAAGCCUCGAAGCCUUCGACGGCUGAGUCUACAGAGGAGACGACCAAGCAGAAGGCAGCUGAGGAAGAUUUCAAGGAUGAAGAGGUCAAGGAGACCGAUUCGUCAAUGCACAUCAAGCACGAAGAAGGCGAAGACCGCAAGACCAUCGAUCACGAAGGCUCGGAACACAACGCACCUCUUCCCGUCCCAGAAAUCGAGUCCAAGAAGGGUAUCAAGCGAGAAUUAGACGACGUACCAGACGAGGAGCUGCCCAGGAAGAUCCCAAAGACUUCGACUGCGAGUCCUGGCAAAGCAGCCAAGACAGGGAGGAGCAGGAGUUCCACGAGCAACAAUACAGCGAGUCCGUCGAAACCGGGGAAGGGGGGUGGGAGUCGAAAGAUCACGAGUUUCUUUGGGAAGUGA